AUGGCUUCAACAACAUACUCCGCUGCCUAUUUGGCAGAGGAUCGCAGGAAACCUGCGAUGAUUGGAAUCACAUUCGUCACUGCCCUUUCAUUUGUGGUGGUUAUGGUCCGACUUUAUGCGCGACGAUUCUUGAUCCAUGAACUGGGCUGGGAUGACCUUUUUAUUACACUUGCUCAGUUAACUAGUUGGGCUACCAUGUCCCUAUGCAUGAUGAUUUUACGAUAUGGCUCAGGGCGACACUUAGCAGCACUGAUCGAUUAUCCGGAAGAGCUUGUCAAAAUGUACAAGUGGCUAGUUGCAACACAGAUGGUCUAUAUGUUCAAUUUGUGGCUUUGUCGUGUAUCUGGGCUGGCUUUCUACGCCCGUCUGAACCCAAUGCCGCGCUUCAUUCUAUACCUUCGACUUUCCUUCGGUUUUGUGACUGCAGUUUAUAUUGCACAGACCCUUAUUAUUGCCUUGCAAUGCAUCCCUCUUGCCGCACUUUGGGGAGCCGCGGAGGGCAAAUGCAUGGGCUCUGCUAUAACCUUCAUCUCGACGGGUGCUCUUACAAUCGCCUGUGAUACAUUGAUUCUUAUUCUUCCGAUUAAAAUCGUUCUCGGCCUACAGGCCAAGAUGGCAAGAAAGCUUGCACUACUGGGUAUUCUUUGUUUUGGAAUUUUUGCUGUUGCGACAUCCGUGCUUCGAAUGAUCUCAAUGAUUGUAUCAGUUCAGCAUGAGACAGAUGCAACAUGGUACUUCUCCCCAGUCAUUGCUUGGACCUGUGCAGAAGUCAGUGUGGCCAUUAUUGCGCUCUCCUUACCAGCACUCCGCGCCAUUUUUGGAUUUAUCAAGGAGCAGCGCUCUACAAAAGAUCAAAGUUAUUCCAAUGGCUCUGAAGGCAUUGGUCUUGAAUCAGUGCCUCGCUCGCUCAAGCCACGACUUUUUCGAGGGUCAGACACGUAUGAAAACACGGUCGAGGUUGAUUGUGCAAGAAGUCCAAGCCGUGAAGCUCUCUGGGACGGAAGAGUUGAUCAGAAAAUCAGGAUAACAGACACUGUAGAUAUAAAUGUGCGUGAAUAA